AUGGAAGAGAUGGUGGAGGAGAAGAUGGUGGUGGAGAAGGAGGAGAAGGAGGAGGAGAAGGUGGAGGAGGAGGAGGAGGAGAAGGUGGAGGAGGAGAAGGAGGAGGAGGAGAAGGUGGAGGAGGAGGUGAGCUCGGAGGAGGAAGAGGAGGAGGAAGAACAUCUGGCCAAGCCCCUCCUGAGGUUGAGGAGCAGGAGGAAGAGGUGGAGGCCCCCAAGUUGUGGUGGGAGCUCCUCCAGCUCCUCCUGCUCAGGCACGAGCGGCCCCGACGAAGCCCCGACGUCCCCGGAAUCCACCCCCGGGGUUGGUGGCACCUCCUGGGCUUCCAGAGCCCAACGGGGCAGGAGACCCAGCCCUCCCCACCCCUCCAGGAGGAGAAGACCCAAACCCACCCCCACCCCCAGGUGUGGCAAAUGUGGCAAAACCUUCAGCUGUGGCUCCUCCCUCAACCGCCACCAACGUCUCCACCGCGAGGACCGACCCGUCCCCUGCCCCACCUGUGGCAGGACCUUCCCCAGCAGCUCCAGCCUCCGGGACCACCAGAAGACCCUUUGCCCACCCAAACCAUUCCAGUGUCCCACCUGCCCCAAACGUUUCGCCUCCACCAGGUCCCUCCAGACCCACCAGUCGGGCCACAAUGGAAACACCACCUGGGUUUGUCCCAACUGCGGGAAGAACUUGGCCACCAAGUCAGCCCUCCUGGUCCACCAGAGGCUCCACACUGGGGAGAGACCUUAUGGUUGUCCCGAGUGUGGCAAGACCUUCACGGCCACCAAAGGCCUCAACAAACACCGGAAGAGCCACGGGGACCAUUCCAGCUUCACCUGCCCCGACUGCGGGAAGAGUUUGACCUCCAAGGCCAACCUGGUCGUCCAUCGGCGCAUCCACACGGGGGAGAGACCUUAUCCCUGCCCCGAGUGUGGCAAGAGCUUCAUGGCCACCAAGUCCCUCAGCAAACACAGGAAGAGCCACCGGGAGGAGAGGACAUCCCAAGGUGGGGAGGUCUUCUCCAAGGACUCCACCUUGAGGGCUCAACCGGCUCAACCGCGCGUCGGAGAAACCGUCUCGAGAACCUUGUCCCACCAGGAGAUGAUGCCCUACCAGGACAUGAUGCCCCAUUGGGGGGUCCCAUCCCACCAGAAGGUCCAAUCCCACCAGGAGAUUUUGACCCCCAAAGCUGGGGAGGUCUUCUCCAGUAACUCAACCUUGAGGGCUCAACCGGCUCAACCGCGCGUCGGAGAAACCAUCUCGAGAACCUUGUCCCCUCAGGAGAUGAUGAUGAUGAUGAUGGUGCCCCCCCAGGAGGUGCUCUCCUAUCAGGGGGUCCCAUCCCACCAGGAGGUCCCAUCCCACCAGGAGAUGAUGACCCCCAAAGUUGGGGAGCUCUCCAAGAACUCAACCUUGAGGAUCCAUCUCACUCAACCGUGCGUCGGAGAAACCAUCUCAAGAACCUCGUCCCUCCAAGAGAUGAUGAUGAUGAUGAUGCCCCCCCAGGAGAUGAUGAUGCCUCCCCAGGGGUUGCUGCCCCACCAGGAGGUGUCAUCCCACCAGGAGGUCCCAUCCCACCAGGACACGAUGACCCCCCAAGCCAGAGAGCUCUCCAAGAACUCAACCUUGAGGACCCAUCUCGCUCAACCGCGCGUCGGAGAAACCGUCGCGAGAACCUCGUCCCACCAAGAGAUGAUGAUGAUGAUGAUGCCCCCCCAGGAGAUGAUGAUGCCUCCCCAGGGGUUGCUGCCCCACCAGGAGGUGUCAUCCCACCAGGAGGUCCCAUCCCACCAGGAAAUGACGACCCCCAAAGCUGGGGAGGUCUUAAAGAACUCAACCUUGACAACUCAACUGGCUCAACCGCGCGUCGGAGAAACCAUCUUGAGAACCUCGUCCCACCAAGAGAUGAUGCCCCAUCAAGGGGUGAUGCCCCACCAGGAGAUGAUGAUGCCCCAUCAAGGGGUCCCAUCCCACCAGGAGAUGAUGACCCCCAAAGUUGGGGAGCUCUCCAAGAACUCAACCUUGAGGACCCAUCUCACUCAACCGCACGUCGGAGAAACCAUCUCAAGAACCUCGUCCCCCCAAGAGAUGCUGAUGCCCCAUCAGGGGGUCCCGCCCCCCCAGGAGGUCCCGCCCCCCCAGGAGAUGCUGCCCCAUCAGGGGGUCCCAUCCCACCAGGAGAUGAUGACCCCCAAAGCUGGGGAGGUCUUCUCCAAUAACUCAACCUUGACAACCCAUCACGCUCAACCGCGCGUCGGAGAAACCAUCUCGAGAACGUCGUCCCACCAAGAGAUGAUGAUGAUGAUGAUGAUGCCCCCCCAGGAGAUGAUGAUGCCUCCCCAGGGGUUGCUGCCCCACCAGGAGGUGUCAUCCCACCAGGAG